AUGGAUGUAGAACUUCAUGCUCCCGAGAAAUUCAUCGUUUGUAACAAUGACAAAUGCUCAAGCCUAUUCAAAUAUCUCGACCUUUCAGUACAUACAUUUGUGGACGGACCUGAUCCGAGAGAUCAUCUCGCAAAUGAGCGCAAUUUAUUAACUUGGUUGAGGACAGGAACGACGCUUGCUUUAAUAGGAUUUAUCACAUUGUUAGAUGUAUCAACUAAGAAUUUUGCGCCUUCCAAUACUUUUCCAUGGACAAACAAGGAACCAGCAAAUUUGAAUACAAAGAUAAUUGCCUAUAUUUUCGUUGCUCUGGGAUUUACUUGCUUUAUUUUCUCAUUAUUCACUUAUUUCAGAAAUCAGCGGCAAAUUGUAAGAAGGCAGUACUGGGUUGGCCAUGGUUGGCUAGGGUACGCAGUAGCGUCCAUUAUCACAGGAUUUGUAGUGUUUAUCAUGAUCAUGGCUUUGAUAGAGAUUUGA